AUGGUAUCCAUCGUCGAUAACUCGUCUCUGGAAACGAAACUGUCAUUCAAUCGUUAUCGCGUCAAUGAUGCAAUGGCCGAUGGCGAAGGUGUCAUUGUCUAUGUUAUGGACUCUGGUCAUAAUCCGGACCCGCAGAGUGACACCAACGAACAGAUAUUUUUCCCGGGCAAGGUGGAAUUUCCCCAACAGGAUGGAGACUUCAAACCCACCACAGAGCCAAGGAAAUUAACAGAUGAUCUCUUCAAGAAGGCCAAUCCAAAGUUCAAGGUAGUAGGCGAGCCUACCGGAACCGAGGUCCGAGAUGACAGUAAAGGUCAACAUGGCCCCAGCAUGAGCGCUCUGAUCGGCGCAAGCAAGGUUGGUGUUGCCCCCCGGUGCCGCGUCGCGCCACUUCGCUGUACCAUCGGCGAAGAGCCAGACAUCAAGGAGUGCAUCAAGUGCUGCGAGACAAUUCUCACCUACCACAACAAGAAGCAUGCUGGGAAGCCCGCCGUCGUCAAUUGCUCGCUCACUAUCCCAUAUCAGAACUUGCUUAAGAAACUUAAGGCCAAUGGUAAUAUUCCGGUCGAAAGUUUGGAAAAGGAGACUGAAAUCUUGUUCGGCAAGUUCCAGAAAGCUGUUGAGAGUCUCGUCAAUGCAGGAAUGAUUAUUGUCGCAAGCGGCGGAAACCAAAAGCACACGACAAACACAACUUGGGCAGAGUGGAAAGCCGACCAAGGCAAGACAGAUCCUAUGUUCCGCGCACCGCAGUGUUUCGACAAUGUUAUUGUAGUCGGCGGCCUAGGCCGCGAUGGCAAAGUAUGGAAGGAAUCCGGUACUGGGAAACUCGUGAAACACUAUGUUCUGGCCGAUCAGGUAGAGAAUCCCUUCAACGACUCUUCAUCGAUUACGGGAACCUCUGUCGCUGCUGCGUUCCUCUCCGGCAUCAUAGCCUGCAUACUCUCGUCUGCCCAAUACAAGGCGAAAGCUCAGGCAAACGUUGAUGAUGCGAGGAAGCACAUUAGACAGAUCCUGGAGAAGGUAUCAGAGGAUUUCGAUGAUGGAAACGGGAACAAAUGCCGCGCCUUUAUGGCUGGCACUAUUGACCUGAAGAAUGUUGUUUGGGAGUAUAAAGUCUGA